AAAUGAGCCCCCCUUUUUAAAUCAUAUAAUUAAUYUUUAGCACUUCCUUAGUAAUUCUGUGCAGUUUGAAAGGAAUUUGACCAAAGGAACAUGUUUUUUUUGCGCUUUGAAAUCCGGUAAUAUGGCUAAAAUUGUGCGACAAAUUUCGCGCGGCCUAAUUAGUAUGCGUGACGUCAAGGGGUUUGAUGUCUCUACUAACUAUACUAAACAUGGCGGACGACACUACGAAACUGGUUCGUCGUGGAGGUAAAUAUUGUGUGGCUGGAGGCCCUGGCAGUGUCAGUUGUACCAAUACAACUUACACACCAGGUAUCUCGAUGCAUCGUUUUCCUGUUAGUGAAUCUCAAAAAGCGAAGUGGGUGAGAUUUGUUCGUAAACAUAGGCCCAAGUUCUACCCAACAUCGACGUCUGCUUUGUGCUCUGCUCACUUUGAGCCUACUUGUUAUGUGAGACGCUUAGACAUUUCAGUCGAAGCAAAAUCGGAUAUACCAACAUUGAAAAGGCUGGAGAAGGAUGCAAUACCAACCGUGGAUUCUGUUGCUCCUCAAACAACAAAGUUACAAACGCCUCGAGAACGAAGACAAGUUCUUCGAAAUGCCCAUCAACCGCCUGCUCAAUCGCCGGAGGUCGAUCUCGAAACUGAUUCCGAAGCCGCCAUUGUGAACACAGAUGAUGAUACGUCAAAUUUUGUAACCCCUACCACUUGUACUUCUUCCUACUUACCUCAGACAGCUACCGUUAAUGUUGACCCUAACCCUCGAGAGUCAUGUGGAAAGUGUAUUGAGACGAAAAAGAAAUUACACAGAGUUCAAAAGGAGAACAGUCGACUUCGGGGGAAAAUCUCUCGUCUACAAACAGAAAUUAUAACGAUGAGAGAGAACCCACGGUUCGAUGUUGAGGGAGAGGGUGACACGAAUGAAAUAGACGAAGGAAAGGAAAGUGAUGGCGAGCACCUGCGACAAGAACUAGAAGAUCUAGACGAUGCCGAGAGCGAAAUUGAACCUAUGGACACAGAAGAUGUUGACUGGGCUGCUAUGGAAGAAGAUAUCAAUAAUUUAGAGGAAGAAAGCCACAAGACAACCACACAAUCAAUUGAAGUUGAACCCAACACCAAAAGCCAAAAUGAGCCAAAGUUUAUAGUCUUCCACUGUAUGCUUUUGAAGUUGUUCUCUAUGUUUUGCUUCAAGUGUCGAGGUGGGAAACCUUCUGUAGAAAUGAGAACAAAUGGAACAAUGGUAACAGUGAAGCAAGGUUGCAGUGAGUGUAAAGGGUCCUUUCAGUGGGACAGUCAGCCAACAUGCUCAUUAGGAAAAUAUCCUAUGGGAAAUGUAUUGCUGAGUUUUUCCAUCCUUAUGGCUGGUGCUUCUGUCAGUAGGGUUCUACUGGUGCUGAGACAUUUUGGUCUUACUGCGUAUUCUAUUAGGACAUAUUUUGCGCAUCAGAAGAACCUACUAUUCCCAACAAUUCUUAAACACUGGGAAAAUCAAACAACGGGAAUUGUCAAUCAAGUGAAAAAUGUGAAGGACAACUUUUGGAGUGGUGAUGGAAGAUUUGACUCCAUGGGCCAUUCUGCAAAGUUUGGGAUAUAUACAAUGUUCAACUGUAGUAUUUCCRAAGUAGUUCAUUUCCAGCUGUUACAGUCAAAUGAAGUUGGCAGCAGCCAAGCUAUGGAGUUGGAGGGAGCUAAGAGAUGCUUUGCUUUCAUGGAUGGCCUUGGACUUACCAUUACAAAUUUCAUAUCUGAUCGACAUCGAGGUAUUGCAAAGUGGAUCAGGGAAUGUCAGCCAAGUACUCAACACUAUUAUGACAUUUGGCAUAUUGCUCGAUCCCUAACAAAGAAAAUGCUCAAAGCCAGCAAAGAACAUGACUUUGAGAGUAUAAAAUAUUGGAUGAAAGCAGUAAGAAACCAUUUGUACUGGUGUGCUACGACUACCAAACUCAACUUCCAGGAGUUAAUUCUUGCCAAGUGGGAAUCCUUUAUGAGGCAUGUGAGCAACAGACACACUGAUCAUCCAUCUAAAUUAUUUACAAAGUGUGCACAUGAAACAUUGCAACCAAGGAAAUGGCUGAAAGUUGGUUCARAGGCCUAUGACAAGCUGGAGAGUAUUCUCAUGAAAAAACAAGUUCUAGCUGAUGUCAAAAAAAUGUCACCUGAGGCCCAAACAAGCUGCCUAGAGGGGUUCCAUUCUACUCUAAAUUACUGGCAUCCUAAAAUGAUUUGUUUUUCCUGGCUUGGGACAUAUUGCAGAACAAUUUUGGCUAGUCUUCAUUUUAAUGAAAACCUCCAGCGAACAACCAAGACAACAAAAGAUGGCAGACCAUAUGUCAGAGUUGUGUACCCAAAGUUUAAGCUUGGUGAAGAGAUUGUACGUGAAGUUGGAAUCCCUCCUACAUAUGUAUAUGUUGAUGAAAUUAGAGAACUUCUUUUCUCCUUGGAAUCUGAAAAGCGAAUGGAAAUGCUCAGAAAAUACCAGCCGCAAGCAYCAGAAACCCUUACUGAGUCCUUUGCUGAUAGAGUAGGAAGAGAAGCAGCAAUCCAUGUACACCAUCAACGUAAAGCAUUAAGGAUUGAACUUUUUCCUUCAGCCCAAGAACAACAAGUUCUAGAAAGUGAACAUGCCACAGUCCCUUCUAGUUCUAACCCCAACAGAAAGACUAGAACAUGCAAGAAAUGUUCUCAGCCAAUGAAAGGUCACUCACGCUCCAGAUGUCCUAUAGCCACAAGUACUAAUGAAACACCGGUCACUGCAUCUAAUUUAUGAUAUUUUUUUAAUGAUAAUAAAUAGCAAGCAAUACAUAAUAAUAAUAAGUAAUUAAUAAAUUUUUCUAGGAAACUCCAUGUAUGUUGUCAAAGACAAUGUCACAUGGUUACAUUUGCUAUUUUACACCAUAGUGCUGUGACAUUUUUUGUAGUUAUGGUUUGUAAACCUUGUAUCUCGUUGGCUUUGAAAGUUAUGAGUCUUAUAGCAAACACGAACAAUCUAACAGCUUCUUGAGGCAUAUUACUAGUCACUCCUUUCUCGUGAUCCUGCAUAUCCAUGGCAGUUGGUGCUUGGAAAUGUUGUCCUAAUAUAAUGAUACAAACAUGCUGACAAUGGUCUGCUGUUGUCCCAUCCAAGGUGGCCACACAACCAUCGUAUCAGCCACCUGUAUGCCACUGCUCUGAGGUAUCUACAAUGUGAAAUAAACAUAUUGAUUCAUAUGGGAUUGUAAGAAACCUGACCAUUGUGGAAUAUUAUCAUUACUAUUUGAUGAAAGAAGAUUUAUUUUCCACUCCUGAAGUCAAACAAUUUUUAGUGUAAAGGAUUUAUGUAAACACAGCACAUUGCAGUUCAUUUGUCACKGACUUCCAUAUGAAAAGACAUUCCCCAUGAUAUGUCAUGCACAAGAAUAAAAAAGUUAUAAUUAUAAA